AUGACUUCCUCACUCCCAAAGACCAUGAAGGCACUCCAAUACUCCAAACCGGAGGAAUAUUCUAUUGUCAACAUCCCAUUGCCAGAGCUCCGCGAAAACGACGUGUUGCUGAAAGUCAAGGCCUGUGGUGUUUGCGGCACUGAUCUGCACAUCCAUGAAGGAGAAUUCCUUGCCAAGUUCCCCCUUGUCCCAGGGCAUGAGACCGUUGGUGUUGUUGCCGCUGUGGGGCCAAAGGUCAAAGGAUUUACUAUUGGCGACAGAGUUGUUGCUGAUAACUCCGAGCUCUGCGGAGAGUGUUUCUACUGCCGACGCGGCGAGGAAUUGCUUUGCGAGCACUUUGAGGCCCAUGGAGUUACCAUGAACGGUGGUUUUGCCGAAUAUUGCGCCUACCCAGCUGGCCGAGUUUUCAAGAUUCAGAAUCUCUCAGACGUUGAUGCUACUCUUCUUGAGCCCGCUUCCUGCGCUGCCCAUGGCCUUGAUAAAAUUGCCCCUAAGAUGGGUUCGUCUGUGCUCAUGUUUGGUGCAGGCCCAACUGGCCUUGUGCUUGCACAAUUGCUCCGUCUCAAUGGUGGCUGCAAAGUUGUCAUUGCUGCCCCCGAGGGCCUGAAAAUGGACCUCGCCAAGUCGCUCAACGCUGCUGAUGAAUACAUUCCUCUUUCUCGAAAAGACCCCAGCGCCCAAUUCGAAGCUCUUAAAGCCGCCAAUCCAUAUGGUUUUGAUAUCGUUGUCGAAGCCACUGGUAGCGUUAAGAUCUUGGAGGAUGCUAUCAACUAUGUUCGCCGUGGCGGCAAGUUGAUUGUCUAUGGCGUGUAUGCCAGCAAGGAUAGAGUCACAUGGCCACCAUCCAAAAUUUUCGGUGACGAGAUCACUAUUCUUGGCAGCUUCAGCGAGACUUAUAAAUUCCCCGCUGCUAUUGAUUAUCUCGACUCUGGUAAGGUGCGCGUUAACGGAAUUGUUAACAAGACCUUCAAGCUCGAGCAAUGGGCCGAGUGCCUGGAGUCGAUGAGGAACAAGUCGGCUAUCAAGGCUGCCAUCACUUUCGAUUAG